AGGUCACAGGGGUUAAAUAUGUUAAAAUAUGCAAAUGACUUUUCAAUAGCAGAGGUGAACAAGGGUGCUUCCAUUGUUAAGACUGUUGUUUGGCCUCAAAGGUUGUUUCCUCUAGGUCCAUUGAGAGGAGGUUUGGAUGUCUUUGUUAAAAUGGCUGAAGCUCAAGUUUUGAAACGUCAUCAUGAAGAAACUGAACAUCUUGGAACAGAUGAGAAGCCUCUCUCAUUAAGUAAACGAUGUGAAUUUAAUAUGACAAACCCUUCCACUUAUGAUUACAUCUUCAGUUUAGACUCCUCGCCAACACAGGGAGAUGUUUACAAACAUAUAGGGUCUGAUGAAUUAGAUACAGAACAGCAAAGUGACAUCCCGAAGACAAGAAUCAACUAUAGCAAAGAUGAUGUACAUGAUGCUAUCUCUUCUGCAGAGAACAUACACGAUGAUCAGGAUGAUAGUGGAGAGGAAAUAAUUAGUGAAGAUGAAGAGGAUUUGGAUGUAGGCUUGUCAUCACAUGCUCUGCAAAAUGAGUCAAACAUACUUUGUAAGAUGUCAUUUCCUGCAUGCGAAGAAGAUGAUGUUAAUCAGAAAAAUGGCCAUCAUCAGGAAACCAGUCGCAACCAGAAAUCAUCAACAGAAGUGAAUCAAGUUUUGUAUGAUGGAGAUUCAAGUCCUCAUCAGCCUGAGACAACCCAACACACAAAUCCAAAAAACCUACCAUAUGUAUGCAAUCAGUGUGGAAAAGGAUUUCAUGAAAAAGGACAUUUGAAAUAUCACACAAGGACACAUUCGGAUCAAAAACAGUUUACUUGUGACAUUUGCAAUCGUGGCUUUCAUUUCAGUUUCAAUUUAACAAAGCACCGCAGGACACACACAGGAGAGAAGCCAUACUUGUGCAACUUUUGCGGGAAAAAGUUCAGUCACAAAAACAGCUUGAAUCGUCACGUUACGCUCCAUACAGGAUUUUCACAUCAGAAAUGCAAAAUUUGUGAUCAGGAUUUUUAUGACAAACAGAGCCUGAGGAAUCACCUGAUUACACACACUACAGAUGGGGAAAACAAAUGUCAAACAUGUAACAGAGAGUUUAAUGACAAAAGAGGUUUUCUCAUACACAUGCAGUCUCAUGUUUCUGCAUUUGAAGCCUCAGCUGUAAGCAAAGCACCAGCAUUUGAAUGUGACAUUUGUCAUAGAAGUUACACUUUGAAGGGUAGCCUUAAUAGGCAUAUGAAGAAGCAUGGUAAUGUUUUUAAACAAGAGUUCAAAAGUGAUGAUGAGUCAGCAGAUUCUACCCCAGGAGUAGACUCUGAUCUAAACGAUUCAUGGAACAUAACUCAACCACAGCCAUUGGAUGUCCAGGAUCGAUACAGCAAUCGAAUGACUCCAUCUAAUGACGUAUCACAUAGGAAAGACUUUCAUCAGGCUGAUGUCCCUUAUUUCAAUGCUGGACAGAUUGAAACUAUUCCGCCAGAUCUGAAGCCUAAUUUAGAAUCUGAUGUUGAUCAAGGGAUGGACUUGUCAUUGAAGCCAACUUCCUUCAGCAACUAUAUACCAGUUUCUACAUCUCCUGAAGGAUUAAGACACGUGUCAGAUGAAGAAAGAAAUGGCUGCUUUAUGGAGGAGACUGCAUUGGACCUAAGUAUGAAAACUUGUUCUGUGCCACUCAGUUUUCAAAUUAAACAGGAGUCUGUUGAAGACGACUACAAAAGGACCACUUUGAAUCACACAACAGAUGUUUUGGAAGACUCAGACUGUGCUUUAGAUCUGUCUACAAACAAGAAUGUGCAGGCUCUAGACAAAACACCAGCAGAUAGCUCUAAGCAAAAAUAUGAGCUGAAGGAAAUGGAAAGCCAAGACAGUCCAAUAGAUAUGAGUUGGAAUCAGGAACCUCAAGAUAGAACACACAAAUGCAAAAAAUGUCCAAUGACAUUUGAUGAUCGAUUAGACCUGCUCUAUCAUUCAAAACAAUAUCAUCAGUAUCGUUUGUCCCCUUCAUCAAUAGACAUGGUUCACCAGCAUUUUGGAGAAAAUUCUUCACAUACUUCACACAGUCAGGAUGAAAUGGAAGAUGUUAUGGAAUUUAACAAGUGUCCUUAUUGUGAGAGCACAUUUACAUCAACAUUGGCCCUUAACAAACAUCUGCUUAUUCACUUUAAAGACAAGACAGAUUUUUGUGAGUUUUGUUACAGGAUGUUCGCUGAUAAAGACCAGUUUAAAUCACACAUUGAAACCCACAUGGACAAAGUCUACAAAUGCAGCAUUUGUCCCAAAUCAUUUGAGUUAAAGACUGAACAGCAAGACCAUAUCAAAGAACACAAAGAAGGAAAACCAUUCAUUUGUGGACAAUGUAACAAAUCUUUUCCCAUAAAAUACUACCUGGAAUCCCACAUGCGGGUGCAUUUUGGGGAUAAACCAUUCAAAUGUCCAAUAUGUAGACGAGGAUUUACUCACAGUUUUAACUUGACAAAACAUGUGCGAAUCCAUACUGGUGAGCGACCAUAUGAAUGUCCUCAUUGCCAGCGAAAGUUUGCCCAGAAGAACAGUUUAAAUAGGCACAUGUACCUUCAUGUCGGACAGUCACCUUUCCCGUGCAAACUUUGUGACAAGUUCUUUGCUCACAACUUUGCUUUACAGAUACACAUGUCUAAAUCACAUGGCAUUUUUGAUAGUGAAUUUAGCCAAGAGGAUUUGGAAGAAAAUGUUACUUCACUGCAGGAUGGCAAAUUGAUGGCACCACUAUACAGUGUUUCACCACCCAAAAGUAUCUCUAAACUCACAAAAGAAUUACAUGUGACAAAACAAAGAAGUACAGACAAUUCAGGGACGCCUGUUUUAUGUUCGGAUUUCAGUGAUCAGUCCCCAAUUAAGCCUUGCAAUGAAAAUGCGUGUGAAAGUCAACAAAUGCAGGAGGGGGGAGACAAAGAUAUUUUAAACGAAAGUGAUGAUUUCUAUGACAAUGCUGAUAAUUCUUUGAACAACACACAGGAGGAUACGACCUCUCAGUCCUUUGAGGAUGGUGAAGAACCAAAGCAAGCUGAAGCUGCUGGAAAUAUAGAUACAACAAGUAUGUUUAUGCCUUGGCAAUUACCAAGAGGACUAGGGUUCCCGGCAUUUCCACUACGAAAUAUGCCUGCAAUGGAUCCAAGUAUGAUGAUGUCUGCUUAUCUCAUGAACUCCUACCUUGAGGCACAACAACUUCAGCUAUUGAAAAAAAUGCAAGAAAAUGAAAAUGUUAAAGCAUCAGUUCAUGAGAAUAUCCUACACCCAACAAAAACUCAGGUAUACAGAGAAGCUGUUGAUGAUCAUACAAGGGAUGUACGGAAAAGUGAGCAGGCACAAGAACCGGACAUCCAUGUUUGUCUGGAAUGUGGAAAAUCCUUCAAGAAAAAGUACUACCUCAAGUCUCACAUGCGUGUGCAUACUGGCGAGAAGCCAUUCAAGUGUGAAAUCUGUGAGAAAUCAUUUAGCUACAGUUUCAACAUGAAGAAACACCUCAGGACGCACACAGGGGAGCAGCCCUACCAGUGUGACAUUUGUAAAAGACGUUUUAGUCAUAUUAACAGUCUUAAUAGACAUGCAUCCACCCACACUGAUAGCAGCUGUAGCUGUCGGUAUCCAAGGUGUGAAGCCACAUUUCCCGAUAAGAACUCUUUAUAUCAUCAUGUUCUUCAAAAACACGGACUUCAUAGAGAUUUUGCAAAUUCAGCUGAAAUUCAAGAUGGUGACUCAAAGCUUAAUGCAGAUUCUUCUUCUACUGUAGAAAAUUCUAACUUAAGUGAGGUUUGUGUCAGGGCAGCUCAGUAG